AUGCGGCCUGAGACGAGUGAAUGCCAUCGGCCGCGAUACCGCCAAUUCAAUGCUUCACUUCAAGCCCAGGCAGAAACUCGCCUCUCUUUGCAACUCUUCAAGGCCCCCUUUGUUGCCCUGACAUACAGAGCCCUCUCACCUGACUCAAACCGUCGGCUCAUCUGGCCCAUCUGUACCCUUGGUUCUUCAUUUAGCCCUCGGUCACCUGACUUUUCGCCCCACCCACCCUCCCCCUAA